AUGACUUCAAUCCCACCUUCAAAGGGUCGCGAGAGCCCCGGGCGCUCUACGUCUCCGACUCAGUCGACCGCGGCUCCCGCUGCCGUUGCUGGAGCAAAGCGAAAGAGGGGUUCGGGGCAGAAGAUAUAUGCUGUGAAGAAUGGUUUUCAGCCGGGAAUAUAUCAUUCUUGGGAUGAGUGUUUUGCUCAGGUGAAGGGCUUCAAGGGAGCGGUUUUUCAAUCAUUCCUCACGCAAACAGAAGCCAACGCAUUCUUGACUGGCACUCCUCUGCCCGCAUCAGCGACUUCGGCAUCUGGGAAUAACAAGUUCUACGGAGUGCAGCGCGGCAGGCAGCCUGGCGUAUAUACGGAUUGGGCCGUGGCACAAGAUCAGAUUAAGGGUUUCCGUGGGCCGAAGUACCGCAAAUUCGCUACGUGGGCGGAAGCAGAUGAGUUUGUGCGAGAGGGCCGGGAACCAGGAGAUGGGGCUGGCGGCAAUGAGUCGUCGAAGAAGGAUAAAACGCCUAGUGCGCCGCCGGGCAUGAUGGCCGAGCCGCUCAGAGAUGAAGCGGGGAACGUAUAUCCUGCAGGAACGGGUCCGUUGCCCCCUGGUGCAGAAGACGGCUUCGAUCCGAAUGUGUUGCUGAAUCCGUCGACUGGGCGUCUAGUGUACAAAACCGCAGAGCAAAAAGCUGCCACAAAAUUACAACCUAAACAAAGUACGCUAGGUAAUAUGUUGAAUAUAUACACGGAUGGCAGUGCGUUGGGGAAUGGCAAGUUACGGGCAAAAGCGGGUGUUGGGGUAUAUUUUGGCCCUGGGGAUGAAAGAAAUGUUUCAGAGCCGCUCAAAGGCAACCGCCAGACUAACCAACGUGCCGAAUUAACGGCCAUAUCCCGGGCACUCGACAUCGCACCUCGUCACCGCGACGUUACGAUUUACACAGACAGCAAAUAUUCAAUUGACUGUGUUACGGUGUGGUGCAUCCGAUGGCAACGCAACAAGUGGAUGACGGCGGACUCUAAGCCUGUUGAAAAUAAAGACCUUAUCCAGUCAAUCCUGACGAAAAUCGAGGAGCGGACGUCGUUGAAUGUGAAGACCUUGUUUGAAUGGGUAAAGGGGCACAAUAAGCACCCGGGAAACGAAGCUGCAGAUAGGUUGGCGGUGAGGGGAGCUCGGGUCGGUUUGCAAGCAAUCAACGACGGCGUGGGUGAGAACGGUGGAGGGCAGAAUGAGGUGAAUUCGAAUCUCGAUGACAAUGAUCAGAUGCAACGUGAGUGA